CUGAGACAGAAGAACAGCUCCCUGACUCCCUGACUACUGUUCUUAUUCUCAGAAGAAGGAGGAGGAAUCAAGCAAAGGAAGAAAGGGAGGAAUGGAGAGAAUGAGUGAUACUAGUGAUAGACGAUUUACAACAGCUGAGAAGCUCAGGGGUGUAAAGUCAAAGUGUUACAGUGAUGAAAGGGUGAAACGGCCACUGUUCAACGACGGAGAAGUUUGAUUGUAUUUUAUAUUUUAUAUUUUAUAUCUUUAGAAGACGCACCAUCUCAGCCUAAAGCACAGUCAGUCAUGCAGUCCUGCAGUUCUGCUCUCUGUAUCCUGAUCCUGAUCUCUACAUCCACUACUGUGUCUGUAUCAGCUGAUCUUCCAGUGAAGGUGAAGCUUCAUGACUCUGCUACUCUGCCCUGCUAUGAGAGAUGCUCUGGUUUAGCAAGAUGGACUGUGUUUCACAAACGCAGUGACACUCUGGCUGAGUGUGAUCAGACUUCAUGCAGAUCAGUGAAGGAGGGAUAUCAGAUGAUCCGUGAUCAGUACCUGAAGGGGAAUCUCUCUCUCAUCAUCACUGAUGCUAAUUUCAGUAAGAGAGGCUGGUACACGAGUGACUGCGCCAGCAAGGACAUCUGUGAUGUUCAUCUACAGAUUGAGCCCUUGAACACUACAGUUGAGAUAAUGGCCGGUGAAUCUCUGAUCCUGAGGCUGGAUGUAUCAGAUGCAGUGGAGGUGAUUUAUAACAGCACAGGCACACCUGGACCAUCCAGUGGUCAGAUCUGUACAGUGGAUGGACCCUCACUACAGUGUAAACCUGAAUACACACAGAGAUCAUCACUUACAUCUGGUCUUGAGUUGAGAAGAAUGACUCCAUCUGAGAGUGGAGUUUACAUUAUUAUGGACAGCAGGAACAAAGAGGUCAUUCACACCUACACAGUGACCGUCCAAGAUGUACAGCAGAGCUCGAUAUGGAAGGACGGCUAUCAGAAAGGAAACAGUGAUGGGUAUCAGAAGGGAAGUGAAGAUGGAUAUCGUAACGGAUUGGGAAUCGGAGCAGUGGUUUUUGGGAUCAUAGCUCUGGCUCUUGGUGUGAUUCUGGGAAUGUUUGCUGGGCCGCGGGUGCGUCCUCUGAUGGGCACAUGUGUCCAGAAGUUCCGAAGAGAAGAUUCCUCAGGCAGAAGAAGAGGCGAUCCCUCAGGUGGGCUACAAGCUGAAGACGGGGAAAGUGGUGUUGCCCUGGCCAGAGCUGCCCAGCCAGAGCUCUGAAGAGUAAACAGACUAUAAGUUUUCUUUUUUUCAGCUGUCUGUAGAACGUCUCUUCAGUCGGUUUUAUUUUGAGAUUAGACAAACACGUUACAGGAUUUCAUCAGUAGUGUGUUCAGUACCGUUCAGUGAUUAAUGGUAAGAAUCAGGAUGGAGUGGCUCAGAUUCUUCUAACACUGAAAUACUUUGUGUUUUUUAAUUCCACACUUCAAAUUUCUGCCCAUGUUUAGCUUCAAAUAUGUAGAAAAUCUUUGAUCUUGCCAUGGAACAGAUUCAGGAGAACGGGGUUUGUAGAAAUAAUGAUGGUUUAUUAAAAAGAGAGCGCUCAGUAUAUCUGCCUUAGUCCCACCCCAAUCUGAACAGCAGCUCAGACACUCAGCUUUCAUGCUAUUAAACUGACCCCCCACCCCCCAGUAGAGUCAUACAGAACAGAGGGGGACACUGGAAUCCUGUCAUAAUUACCUUACUGUGUUCUGCCCAGGACUUCCUCCUUAGGGGGUGUUGUAAGGCCAUUUGGUGAAACUGUUCAAACCACGAGAACAGAAAUGGAGGUGACUUCUUAACCCAUUAAUACUGUUUAACGAUGAAUAACAGAAAGGAAAAUAAACAGAAAACUAGAAAAUAAAUCAAAAUAAAACAAUUCCCAACAAAUAUCACAACUUUUCACCCGCAGGUGAAGAGGAGGCGAAUGAGAAACUGCUGUAGUGUCUUGUCUGUGCUGCUGGUGGUGCGAUGUCUUUGACUAUACACAGCUAUUUUAACCAUUAAUUGAUAUCAGAAAUUUGAUUUUGAUGUGAAAUUGUUAUUAAAACCACUUAAAACAGAACAUACUUUGUUAAUUUUGAUUUUUGGAAAUUGACCUUAAUUCAAUUUCUUACACACUCCUCACUGUUAUGACCUCCUAUGUCUAGGGGAACACUUAAGGUCGUACGUAAAAAAAAGACAAGCCAAUGCCACCCAACUGCCAGACCAAGACACCACCAACUACAAAUAAUUGAUCACUUAUCAGCAUUUAUUUCUUUUAACUUAGACAAGUUAAAUGCACCAUCUUACAGAAGUUGGUAAGUCUAGUUUUAAACUGAUCAAAUGCAAAUGAGCUUACACAAAAGAUAAACUUCAGGGGGUGAGAUAAACAAACUAGAAACAAAAGAUAACUAAACUAAUCCCUGUCCCAAACCAGGAGAAAACAAUAUACAAAAAAAAA